UUUUGACAGGCACGAAAUAAAAGUCGUGAAAUUCUCAUUAUUUCCACCCAAAGCCUGUACAAUGUGCGAUACAAUCGAGUCCGCCUUCGUUGCCAUCAGCCGGCUAGCUUCCGGCUCGGAGACCACACACAACGUCGAUACCGUGCUCUUCCCGGACGGUGGUCUGCGGCCCGGCGAACUGAUCGAAAUCAGUGGCGACUCGAACAGCGGCAAAUCGUUGCUCUGCCUCGAGCUGAUCGCUCGCAUCAUCCUGCCCACGAGCUGCGGCGGCCUAGAGCUCGGUGCGGUCCUGAUUGGCUGUGAGAACAGCUACAGCAAAACCGUCCUGCUAAGCAUCCUGGAAAAGCACAUCUUGAACCACGCGGAACCAGCACUCGCCAGCACGCUGACCGAUCCGCACCAGCUGGAAACCAUUCAACGCGCCGCCCUGAGCCGGCUCCAUCUGAUCACGUGCUACUCGUUGGAGCAGUUUGAAUUUUCCCUGCUCGCACUGCCGGCCCUGUUCGUGAAGCAGCCCCAGCUGACGUUCGUGCUGAUCGAUUCGAUUGCGACGUUCUACUGGACCAAGUGUACGGCGAAAAACCUCAUCCGGCAGGAUACGUACCAGAAAGCGCACUGCAAAACGUUAAGCCGGCUGGCGGGCAAGUGGAAAAAGAUCGUCCUGUUCACCAAACCGUCCCACUUUGGUGGACGACAAGCAUCGGGGCGUGAUUUCGAAGCGAACAGCGCAGCGGGAGCACUGUCGCUGGACGGAUCUACACAGGCAUCGUCGUUUGCGGGUCAGCUUACGCCCUCGAUGAGCACGGCGUCGUCCGCAGUCAGUUUGAUAGACCAUCGGAUCGAACUGACCGAAAUAGACAACCCGAGUCCGGGUGGGUCGGAGCAAGGCAGUGCCGACCAGCGGUUCAGUGCGUUCAUUACGAUGGCGGACAAGCAGCAGUACGUGCGCUUCUAUCUGAUCGACAAGUACGGGAUCAACUGGAUUGAGGCCUAAUGUGCUCGCUCUGUAUGAUGGGUAAAAUGUUACAUUCCUCCAAUUGUUGUCGCGUUCCGGUUCUUUCUCCUUCAAACUAAAUUGUUGUAAAUAAAUUGAAAAUUAACAGCUCUA